AUGGAGACAGCAUGGUUACCCAAGAAGCCCACGAUUCUGUUGCCAGAACCUGUAAAUAUAUUCCAUUUUAUGGAGGUACUAUCAGGUGCUGCUCCAGUCAGAAAGGGCCUGCAGCAGCGGGUGGGAGCUCGUGGGGUGCAGCACUCCCAUGUGUUCUCGGUGAGCAAACCCCGCAGUCUCAAGCCUUUUCUCAACAGACUGACAGGAAAGCCAAUGACGGUAAAACUCAAAUGGGAAAUGGAAUACAAGAGCUACCUGGUCUCUGAGGAUGGCUCCCUGAACAUGAGCCUUGCACAUCCAGAAGAAUACAUAGAUGUGGCAUUGUCUGGACAUCAGUGUGAAGUUUUAAUAAGGUGUAAUAACAUCCUUUGUAUCAGAGGUGUGGAAAAGGAAGAUAAAAAUGGGGAAAUGAGAGAAUAG